GUGACGCGUAACAAGUACUUUGAUUACUUUUUGCAAUAAAAUAGCUUUUUCACUGUAUGUUGUGUAGCCAUGAGUGCUUUUAUAUUAUUAUGUAUUUAUUUAAUUAACUUUUGUAGAGAUCCUACCGCAGCUUUAGACGUGACUACCGUGCUGCCUGACGACGUGACGGCCCUACUCAACGCGACAGAUCCGCGACAGCUACUGAACAGCUCCAGACGUAUUAUCAACGGGGAACCCGUGUUUGAGGGGUUCCGGUUUAUGGUCUACCUAAAACUAGCAGAGAACAGCGUGAAGAAGAACGCUUACAGCAAGUGGGUGUGUGCUGGUGUGAUAGUCCAUGAGGAGUACAUACUCACAUCGGCAGCCUGCAUCGAAGACGCUGUCAACUUCUAUGUCAUAUCUGGCACUUACAAGUAUUCAGACCAGGACACAACAGCCAAUAAUAAAUGUAUCAAGAACGGCCGCAAGAAGGCGAUAUGGAAAUGUGUACCCAAAAACUACGUCUUCGACGGUCAUCAGAACGACAACAUACGUUGGCUGAACAACGACAUUGCCGUCGUCCGUGUCGCUGACGGUUUCGACUUCAGCCGCCGAGUCAAGGGCUGCCAGUUCAAACCCGCGCCCAUCCUGUAUAACAACAGCAGCAGGAUCUAUGAGAGUCCGAACACCAUUGCCACCAUUGCUGGCUGGGGAACAACUAGUAGGUAUAACAAUUGGCUAACGCGUCGGAUGGACAACCAGGAGUCUCUCCUGCAAGCUACCGUAGAGAUCAUCACCAACAAGCGCUGCAAAAGACAAUGGGGGAAGGAGUUUCGCAACAUCAUAGAGAACUACAUGAUAUGCAGUAAAGACAUUGGGGCGGUCAUGUCAGAGAUAUGCGAGAACAAGUACGUGCAAUGCAAAAAUCUGGACUACUCCUCCGAGGAAUCACGUAGGAGCAUCAAGGUCGUUGAUCCCGAUGAGCUGAUGCUGCACACCUACCACAACGGUUCCAUGGGGACCAUCAGAAGAAAGCAAAAUGCCAACGGAGGGUUCUGUGAGAACGACCACGGCGGCCCCCUGAUCUACGGUUCCGGUGACAACGCCAUGGUGAUCGGCAUCAUCUCUGCCAGUCGCGUCCACGAGAGGACCAACAAGUGCUACGGGCCUUUCCUCUACACCAGCGUCUAUAAGAACCGUAACUUCCUACAGUGCGCGAUUUACAAGGAUGUCGAGAAAAACUGUAGACGACAGUUUCGUUCUGGAGAAACAUACACUGAAACCACAUUCUCCUGGGAUAACGUUACUACUGAAGGACCAGAAAAAACGAUAUAUGAAGAUGAUGUGACAGAGCAUCCUGAAAUAACAACUGUGCAGGCUGAAGAUACAACCACUGUUGUAAAUAAUCCCUUACCUAAGAAAGACUGUGCUGUUAGCGGUAAUGAAAAUGCAGCAAUCGUCAGUGAAAAUAUAUAUAUUGCAGAAGGUAUUUUAAACGCUACUAUGGAAAAUCCAGAAGAUCCUAUCAGCGUAACUCCAGAAGUAACAGUUGCUAGUGAAAAGCCAGAUGAAGAUGAUCCUGAUAGAACUAAUCCAGAUGAAAGUAGUCAUAACACUGAUAAAGAAGACAGCGUUGAAGGAUGGGAUUUCGAUAACCAAACUGUAAUUGAAGCAAGAAGAAUACUUAACGGAAAGAAAGUGAAGCGAGGAUCUAGACCUUACAUGGUAUACCUUAAAUGUGCCGGAAAAACGAAGAGGACAGGUACGGAUUUGAUCUGCGGCGGAGUGAUCGUUCACACGGAAUACGUGAUCACAUCAGCAGCCUGCGUGGAGGAGAUGGAAAGGUUUUACGUCAUCGCUGGUACAGAGAAGAAGCCUAACAACAAAGGAGAUGACAAUGAGUGCGUCAAGAAAAACAAGAGGAAGGUCAUCUGGAAAUGCGUGCCUAAGAGUUACAAGUAUGACCUCAUAUCUGAAAUGGACUGGUCGGUCAACGAUAUAGCAGUGGUGAAGGUGGAUAAACCGUUUAGUAUAGGAAAAGUGGAGGAUGGGUGCCAGUAUGCCGCCAAAACGGUGGCGUAUAACAAAAUCAGCAGAGAGUUGGAGGAACCGGGGACUUCAGGAUAUGUGCUGGGAUGGGGAUAUGUUGGGAAGUUCAGGGAGAGCCAAUACAGGAAAAAUAACGAUGAAGACGACAAAAGCUAUGAAGAUGAAGACGACUAUCAGUGCCUGCAGGAGGCGAAGGUGACUCUGAUGGACAAAGACAAAUGCGCUGCCCAAUAUCCUUCAGAGUUGCAAGAGAUGAUCAAGGACUACAUGAUUUGUACGGAGGAUAUUGAACAGAUGAGCAAGAAAUGUCGCGAAAAAUACGCCAACUGUACUGCAGUGCCAACCAGACGAGAGCUAUCUGACAACCUGACUGUAAACAGCAACCAAACAGAAGGCAACCUGACAUCGGACCCUGGACAUCUGAGGCACUCUGGUUACUACAUGGCAAGAAGGUCACAAAAUACUGGUGGAUUCUGCAACAACGACCACGGCGGUCCCCUCAUCAUCAACCGCGACGGUAAGGACUACGUGGUGGGCGUGAUAUCCGCCAGCAAGGUCGACAACGACAUCUGCCGUGGCCCCUUCCUCUACACCAGUGUGUUCACCAAUAGACAGUUCCUGUCGUGCUCUAUACAUAAGACAGUCGAUGAGGAUUGUCGUCGAGUAUUCCGUAGCGGCUUCUCAUACGAAGAGUGGACUGUGAACUGGGAUGAUAAGGACAAAUUAAGCGUAAAAUUUAUAAUUCGUAUUCAUAAUAUUUUAAUCAAUUUUAGUUUACAGGAAAUGGAGAAUGCGCACUUUCUCAUAAUAGCUAUUUUAUUUAUAGGUGCAGUAUAUUGUGAAAAUGCAACUAUCGUCAGUGAAAACCAAGAAAAAGGUAAAUUAAAUACCAUAGCAGUAAAAUCAGAAGAUAAUCUCUCCAAUAAAACCAGUGCAGAAAGAACUUAUGAUGAGUCUAGAAACCAAGGAUUAAUAGACGAAGUAAGGUCCAUAGCAGGUAACGCAGAAGAUGGUCUCUCAAAUGCAACCAAUGCAGAAAGAACAGAUGAUGAAUCUGAUAAUUUAUACAGUGAUGAAGAGUGGGGAUUCGAAAAUAAAAUUCUUUUGAACACAAGAAGGAUACUCAAUGGACAUAAGGUUGAACCUGGAGAUAGGCCAUACAUGGUAUACCUCAACUUGACCGAAAGAUCUCUGAAGGUUAAGAGGACAACAGGUUGGCUCUGUGGUGGAGUGAUCGUCCAUAAGGAGUUUGUACUCACAUCAGCAGCUUGUGUGGAGGAUGGGGACAAAUUCUACGUCAUUUCAGGAACCGUGGAAUAUAAAAGCUACAAAGACAAGAGCCCUGAGAAUAAAAAGUGCAUCAGUGAAAACAAAAGGAGGGUCAUCUGGAAGUGUGUCCCUAAAUAUUACAAUUUUAGCUACAUCGACGAUCUGAAGUGGUCAGCCAAUGACAUAGCAGUGGUGAAGGUAGACAGACCCUUUAAGCUAGGAGAAGUGGAGGAGGGGUGUCAGUUUGCUGCUGAAAAGGUGCCCUAUAACGGCAUCAGCUUGGAGUUGGAAGAACCUGGGACUGAGGGCUGGGUGCUUGGAUGGGGCAGCGCCAAGUAUUUUAGAGAGGAAGUGUACAAAGAAAGCAACGAUGGACGUCGAAAACGAAAGAAAAGUAUUAAAAAACGAAAACAUAAGAAGCACCUAAGAAAGAAAGAAGACAAAACGAUCCAAACGGGAGAUACUCCAUACCAGUUCCUUCAAGAGGCCGAAGUGAUAUUGAUGGAUAAGGACAAAUGUGUGGAACAAUCGCCGUCAACGUUCCACGAUAUUAUCAAGCAGUACAUGAUAUGUACGGGGGAUAUCGAUGAGGAAGAUCAUAUGAGCCCGAUUUGUAGCGAAAAAUAUGCAAACUGUGCCGUCGUAGGUAUGAGACGAGAUUUGGCAGGUAACCAUAGUGUGAACAAACAGGCUGUGAAUGGCAAUUCUACUGAGGUCUUUCAACAUGGCAGCCAAAACAUAGCUAGAAGAGAUGACACCGGUGGAUUCUGUGAGUACGACCACGGCGGCCCGCUCAUAGUCAGACACCACGGUCAAGACCACGUGAUCGGUGUUAUCUCCGUCUGCCGAGUUGACUCCGGCAAGACGCUGUGCCAUGGCCCCUUCCUGUACACCAGCGUGUUCGCCAACAGGCAGUUCCUGUCGUGCGCUAUACAUAAUGAUGUUUAUGACGAAUGUCGUCGAGUCUUCCGCAGCGGCCUCACAUUCACGGAGUGGACUGUCGACUGGGAUGAUGAAGAAUGAAACACAACUAAAAUAAAAACCUACGUUUUACAAA